GCAACAUGCUGCGCUGUAAAUCGUCACAAGUUUCUCAUUUCAUUGAUGUUGUGACCAUCUGUCUAUUGGACGAUCUUCUUUUUGGUGUAAUUUAAUUGUUUCGGACAGGAGUAAAACGUGAACGUUAAAAAUAUUUGUAGUAAUUAACGUUAUCGAUACAAUAAAGAUAUUUUAACUUAAUAACUAUGGCAAUCGACAAAAGUUUUAUAAAUGUUGUGGUCUUAAGUUUUGGUUUCAUGAUGGUGUUUGCGGCCUUUCAAACCAUGAGUAAUAUCGAGAAUACCGUUCUAACAAGUAUACACAAUGAAGAUACUAAUUUCAACGCUAAUGCAUAUACUAGUCUGGCGAUUCUGUACGCUGUGUUCGCAACUUGCAAUUGGCUAGCACCAUCGUACAUUUUAUUGACCGGCCCAAGAAUCGCCAUAGUCACUGGUUGCUGCUGUUACGUUCUUUUUAUAGCGUCCUUUCUAUGGCCGCAUCCGGCCUUUCUCUACACUGCGUCAGCGAUUCUCGGAGUUGGUGCAGCUUUUAUAUGGACUGGACAUGGUCAAUAUCUUACCGAAAACAGCGAUAAUGAAACAAUGUCAAGAAACGCUGGGAUCUUUUGGGCGAUAUUUCAAUCAUCUCUUUUCAUCGGCAAUCUUUUCGUUUAUUUCAUGUUUAAUAGUGAACAUAUUGAAAAAUCAGUACGACGGACCGUCUUCAUUGUACUCAUUGGCUUAGCACUUUUUGGCACAAUAAUUUUAGCAGUAUUGAGGAAACCAUCUCAGAGAUUAGCUCUGGGAGAAGCCGAAGGAGUAUCCAGCGCUGAUAAGGAACUUCAUAUACCCGAGCCAGCGAAAGAGAAACCUCUUUUAGCCGCUUGGUACGCUUUGAGAGACGCAUUUUCUCUUUUCCUUACACCAAAGAUGCUUUUUCUAUCUUUUACAUUCAUUUAUACAGGUCUUCAGCUCACUUUCUUUUCCGCUGUAUAUGCUUCUAGUAUAGGUUUCACCAAAGCAAUGGGUGAAUCGCGCAAGAGAUUAAUCGGUUUAUCAGGUAUAUUUGUAGGGAUUGGUGAAGUCGUUGGAGGUACCUUAUUCGGUAUUUUUGCAUCCAAAGUAUCCGAAGCUUGCGGUGGUUCACCUGUUGUUAUUAUUGGUUGCUUCACUCAUCUCUUCGCUUUCAUUAGUAUAUAUUUGAAUUUACCAAAUUCAGCAUCUUUCAUAGAUACAGAUGAAAAGAGUUUCAUUGAGCCCUCUUCUGUCCUCGCUAUGGCGGGAAGUCUCGCCUUGGGUUUUGGCGACGCUUGCUUCAAUACUCAGGUUUAUUCCUUACUAGGAAUUCUUUUUGCAGUAGAGAGUGCAUCAGCGUUUGCGCUCUUCAAAUUCUGUCAAUCGGUAGCCGCGGCAGUUAGCUUUGCCUAUAGUAGUAAAACUGGUCUACAUGUUCAAUUAUUAAUACUAGUCAUUUCGAUUAUUAUUGGAACAACAACGUUCGUUUCAGUUGAACGAAAAAUGCGAAAUUCUCAAAGCCAAAAUCAACCGGACAUCGAUCCAGCACUUGUCGAAGGACAAAGUAUAGCAGAUUGAAAUAAUUCUGUUUUGUAAAAAGAUUUGAUAAAUUCUAAGAGAGUUAUGGCAAGGUGUAAUUCAACAAUCGGUGUAUCAUAUUCAAAUUUAACAAUCGAAUUCUUUAUUACGAUAUACAUGUGAUCAUUGUUUGAACACACAAAUCUUGAAAUUAAUUAGAACUUCGACAAUAAUCUAUUUGUUAUAGUAUUGAAUCAACAAUAGAUGUAUCGAUGAAGUUAUUAUAUUCGUAAGUAGUGCUGAGUUUUCUCUUUCUUAUUUUGUCAGUUGAUUUUUAUACUAUUAUAAGUAUUAAAACUUAAAAUAAGUGAAAGAUAACGCAUAACACACAUGUGUUAUGCGUUACAUGGCGCACACAUAUGCAUACAUAUAUGUAUUACGUAUACAUUAUGUGUAGUUUAUGAUUCGUAAAUUUGAAUUUUCUAAAAUCGUAUAAUUUAUACAAAUAUUUGAAAGAUAUUAUAAAUUCGAACGAUUAGAUGUUAUUAAAUAUUAUUAAAAUAAUUAUAUCGAUUGUUAUUAAUAGAAAAUGAUAAAUGUUCUAGAUGUAAGUUUUUAAUCUGAUUAAGUAAUGUAAUUUUCUACAAAGAAAAGACUGUAACAGAGUGAUCGUCAUUUAUAUAUAUAUAUAUAUAUAUAUAUAUAUAUGGUUAACUUCCAUAGAACGUUCAGACCAAUGUUCUACAAAGAGAAUCGAAAGGAAUUAUAUAAAUUUGAUUUUCUUUGUAGAAAAACAUUUAUGCAUUCGGUUAUGUACCUGACGAUGAGAAAGACUUCUAUGAUAUCUUUAUCAAGCAUUUAUAAGAUAACGAUAGAAUUACAGUCUGUCCAAAGAGUCGAUUCAGCAAAGAUAAACGAAUGUACGUAAUUGGGACAAGGCAUAUCCACAACUUUCAGAUACUGGUAACACUUUCGGAACAGAAAA